UUAAACGCAUUUUAUCAAAGUCCUACUUUCCAUUAUACCGAAACUGCAUUUCUGUUGUUACAGGUGAAAAUCUGGUUCCAAAACCAUCGGUACAAGUGCAAGAGACAGGCAAAGGAGAAGGCGAUGGCUGAGCAAAACCAACACAACCAGUCGUCUAGUUCACCAAGAAGAGUGGCAGUUCCCGUUCUAGUCAAAGAUGGAAAACCGUGCUCUGGCAGUAGCAACCAAACGAGCUCGACCUCAUCCAGCGCCCAAUCGAAUGCUGAUCAGUCUCGAUCGCAGCAAUCGUCUGCGUGCCAGUCGAGCCAGGCUCAGGCUCAGUGCAUGGCAAAUAGUGGCCUUGCAAUGGCGUACGGCCGACAACAAACAAACUACCAGCAACAGUGCAGUGCGUACCUGCCCUUACAGGCGAGGGCGUGGUAGUGCCACGAACAGUACGGGUUGGUCUACAACAGUGAUAUUUAGUAGAUUUCAUUUGAAAUUUUACUGGACUGGAGAUGUGAGUGGCUGCAGAAACGUGGCCCCUUUAAGACUACCCGUGCUUAGUUCAGUUGAUAAAAAAAUUUGCUGUCGAUUUUCGAUCAAAAGUGUGUUUAAGGUCUAUUUAGGUCUGUAGGGUAUGUAUGAGUCAAUGGGAAUUGCAGUAAACCCACUAAACAAUUGCCCAAUCUGCGACUUUUUUAUUGGGAUAUUUUCCGAUGGUGUAAACAGCCCUGGCCCGAUGCAGCGCUCAGUCGUUUACCACUUCGGGCAAGCUCGGCGGGGUUCGGCCCUUGUUUCGGCUCGCUAGAAGGGUUCGGAUGACGUCAACCAGCUUGGGACAAGUUAGUUUGCACCACAAAAUUUACACCUUACUGAUCACUUGAUGAUACAAAAAUUUAGUGGGUUUGCUGUAGGGUGAAGACAAUAUAAUGAAAUUGUUUAUGCAUUUCGGGAAUAUAUUUAGUAUUAGAAGUAAAUUGAUGUCAGUCACUUCCAAAGCGAGAACCGCACAAAGUGACUGCAAAUAUCUCAAAAGCUUUAAUUUUGUAAAUAUUAAUUCAAAUUGUAAAUAUACAAAGUAUUAUUUAUUCACAUUAGGUGUUGUAUAAUGAAAUUGUUCGCAUUUAGUAACGAUCUCUUGUCAGCAUCGUACGCAAACAGGGUUUAAAGAGUAGAUUUAUACGAUUUUUGCCCAACUCGAUUCGAAAUGGAACCGUGCAAUGAUUCGUCUCAACAUACCAUACUGUAAGUAUACUAGGAAAUAUAGUAGAUUGUAAAAAGUUCAAUUAAUUUUUCCAAGCCCACUAUAUUGCCCAUCAUUUCCAAUACAUAUUAAGCAAUAUUAUCUAUUUAUUAAACAAUUAGUGUAGAUAAGCUACGAGUUACGCAACAACGCAAGAUGUGAGCAUUUUGUAAAUAAAAUUAAAUAAACGGCAGACAAUGUCUGGAAAAGUAAUGUAUAUAUAGAGUAGAUGUCUUAGGUGAGUAACUGUUUGUAUGUAAUUUUGAAAAUAGUGUACAGUAAAUUGUUAGAUUAAUAUUGUAAUGCACCAUGUAAUGUAAGUGUUUAUAAUUUGAAAUAAAUGAAAAUACAUUGAAAUGGAUUAUCA